CAGGAACCAGCCCCUAUGCAAGGUCCGCGCCUCCCUCGUUGCUAGCAGAGGAAGUGUGUGGCUGAUUUAGCAACUGCUGUUCUUCUUGAUAGCAUGGGUUUGACUACACCAGCCGGAGGCCGGGCCGCCCGCUCACUCUGCAGGAGCGCAGCAGCUGAUGGAGAGGCAGUGAUGGUGUUCUUGGCGGACCCUCCUCAGCUAUUCCCAAGGGAGACCAGGUCCAGCCUUUGAAGGCUUCGAGCGUCUUCGACAGCCCAGGGAGCGAGAGAAAUGGGAAACAGCGUGCGAUCCACCCCGGUGCCUCCCGAGAGACCUCUGCCCUGCCAAGAUGGACUGGACAGCGACUUCCUCGCUGUGCUGAGUGAUUACCCAUCUCCUGACAUCAGCCCCCCAAUAUUCCGCCGAGGGGAGAAACUACGUGUGAUUUCUGACGAAGGGGGCUGGUGGAAAGCCAUUUCUCUCAGCACUGGUCGAGAGAGUUACAUUCCUGGAAUAUGUGUGGCCAGAGUUUACCAUGGCUGGCUGUUUGAAGGGCUGGGCAGAGACAAGGCCGAGGAGCUGCUGCAGCUGCCAGACACAAAGAUUGGUUCCUUCAUGAUCAGAGAGAGUGAGACGAAGAAAGGUUUCUACUCUCUCUCGGUGAGACAUCGGCAGGUAAAGCAUUACCGGAUCUUCCGCCUGCCGAACAACUGGUAUUACAUUUCCCCAAGGCUCACCUUCCAGUGCCUGGAAGACCUGGUGAAUCACUAUUCCGAGGUGGCUGAUGGCCUCUGCUGUGUGCUGACCACACCCUGCCUCACUCAGAGCACGGCCGCCCCGGCAGUGAGGGCCUCCGACUCACCUGUCACCUUGCGCCAAAAGACCUUCGAUUGGAAGAGGAUGUCCAGACUGCAGGAGGACCCCGAGGGAGCAGGAAACCCGCUCGGCGUGGAUGAGUCCCUUUUCAGCUAUGGCCUCCGGGAAAGCAUCGCCUCCUACUUGUCUCUGACCGGUGAUGACAACACCCCCUUGGACCGAAAAAAGAAAAGCAUGUCCUUGAUGUACAGCGGGAGCAAGAGGAAAAGCACGCUCUUCACGUCGCCUCAGUACUACGAGGACUAGCCCGAGCGCAGACGCCAUGGUGCGCGUGCCAAAGGAGCAGAGGUUCGAACUAUGACCCAGGAUCUUGCAGAGGUGUGGUCCCCUGGUCCUUGGGGAGGCUCAUGUCUUCCAGAAGCCAAGAGAAGCCACGAGACUUGAACUCCCAUCUUCUCUAUCUCAUAAUGACAAAGGGAACUCCCUGGUGUCUGUUCUGGGAUAUCACAAAAUAUUGACUGGUGAUGUGAUCAGGCAACGCUUAGUACAUUAUGUGUGAGCCCGUCGGGUUUGUGGGAAAGAUGGACACUCUCUCACUAGAAAGUGCACAAGGACCUCUUUCCAAACCAUCCGUACGGCUGCACCCUGCGUUCACUGGAGAAAAUUUCUGAAUGAGAAAAGCCUGAGAAGAAGAUGAGCCAAAAGCUGUGUCCUGGGAGAAGGUCUGGGUUUGCAAAUUGGUCCCCUGCGUGGAACUUUUUAAACUAAUCCACAAAUAGACCUCUGGUACGCAUCACCUCUCUUUUUCAGGGAACUCAGUGACACUAAACUUUACCCCUCCUAAUCAGCCCUGAAUCAGGAGAUCUCUUUGCCCUGCUGGUCCCAACGCCACACAUGCAGAAGUCAGAUGGUCUCCCUACUCCUGCGGGGUGCAGGGCAAAUGGCACAGGGGUAGCUGCUGGCAGGGAAGCUCCGGGAUGGGCCUGGAAUUGGGCAAGCUUUCACCGCGUCCCCAGCCACAGCUUUGCAGCACAGAAAGAGCUUCUGCAGCAUGCGAGGGUUCUCACCUGUAUUAACGCAUCAACUAUUCACUCCUGAUUGCCCAAAGGAGAACUGUGUUAAAUCCUGUGUAAGGUGUCCAGUGGGGGGAAAAAAUAGAAAAGAAGAUGAGCAAGCCCCAGACCCCAGCAGAGAUGCUCACAAUACAGACAGGGAGAAAAAUAUAUCAACGAAUAUUGUGAAAGUGGGUGUAAAAGCAGAAAUCGGCUCAUGGCUCCAGGUAGGACUGGGUCAGGUAAGGGUGACCCAGGGGCUCAUAUUUCAGCGCACCUUCAGAGUAGAAAGGUUGCCUGGACUGUGAAGGUCAGACUGGUCAGAUUUUUUUGAAAACAGGAGGUUGAUAAGUUCUAAAGAAUUAAUUUAUCCAAUGUUUUAUUCUAAGAAGGGUCUGGCAUCCGUGUCAAUAAAAGCGCUGAGCUCCAGGAAAGAUGGGAGGCAGAGUGGCUUAAUUGCAUCUUAACGUAAUUUUAAGGGAUGAGAGAGAAGCACGGUAAAGACCUGGAGAAGGAGAAGCAUUUAUCUCCAGGCUGCUCAUCCCAUCUGGGUUCUGUUAGGAAGGGGCGGCAGUUGAAGCUGUGACUCAUUUUCCCCUGUGGCAAAGGGAUUCCGGGGAAGGACGGUGCUUAUGGUACGUCUCGCUGCCCGAAAGACGAGUCUGCCUGUUCGCCAGGCGCAUUCUGCAGCUCUGACAUCACUGUGCUUGCGGUCCGUGUCUAUGCAUUUACAGAACUUUCCGUAUCACCAGAUCCACUGUGUUUAUACAAGAAGACAUCUGUGGUUUCCUCAGCAAUCCCCAAAGGCUGCUUCUAAGGGACCAGCCAAUGUAUGGGACAUGAAUGUAACACUGUGGCAUUGACUUCCGCCGUAAGGCAGGGUGACCUCGCACACUCCAGAUGUUUGUACAGUGUGUCCAUGUUGUUUUCCGUUGUGACUAAUGUGGUUGGAAUGUGUGGGGAGAACUUGGAGGGAUUUCUAAGUGGGAAGCAUUACAUUUUGCUAAAUCAUGUAUUUAUUCCUGAUUAAAAUAAACCUAAUAAAUAUUUAAC